AUGAUGCUCAGGAAAUAUUGCUUAUUUAUGUUCAUUGUGAAUCUAUCAUUUACUGAUCAUGUACCUCCACGAUACAUGAUAGAUUUAGAUUUGGCUCCAGAGCUUCGUUGGCUUAAGGUUGUUAAUGACUACAAAGAAUUUCUGCCAGCAAUUAUAAAAGAAAUCAACAUGUUCGUUCCGAAGUUUUUUCGUCGAAUUGGAUGGUGGCUCAGUAGAAAUAUUCUUCUUCGAAAUUUUCCUGAUGAAUACAUACAAGAAAUGCAGGGUCUUGCGAAAUAUAGUGGUCUUGACAUUGGUGAGGUGGUUGCUAUUAAUGUUUUUUAUGACUUUUCUGCCUUCAAUCGUGGACAUAUUGUGGGAGAUGUCGGUUGCACAUCGAUUGUUGCUGAAGAUCAUCAAGGUCAGAUCAUUCAUGGACGAAAUUUGGAUUAUAAUAUAGCUCCACUUCUGCGAAAUUUAACAAUCAUUGCAGAUUUUGCACGCAAGAAAAAUAUUUUGUAUUCUGGCGUAACUUUUGUGCUAAACGUUGGUUUACUAACGGGGCAGAGACAUGAUUCAUUUUCAGUCAGUUUAAAUGAGCGGUUUUCUGGUUCCUAUAUCGAUACAGUUUUAAUGGCAAUUCUAACACACUUUCAAAAUCCAGUAACAUUCGUUAUUCGAAUGGUACUAGAAAAACAAGAUACAUUUGAAAAAGCGAAAGAAAUAUUAAUGAAAAAGCAUUUUAUGGCUCCGUCAUAUUUAAUCAUAGCUGGUAUAAAACCAGGACAAGCUUGCAUCAUUACAAGAAAUCGCUUGAAUACAGCUGACUUGAAAUGCAUUGAUACUCAGAGUAAUCAGUGGUUUUUAGUCGAAACUAAUUUUGAUCAUUGGAAAGCUGGCAAAGGUAGACGUCGGUGGAUAGCUGAGAAAGCGCUCUUGAAAAUUGGAAAAUAUGCUAUUUCAAAUAAGCGAAUGCUCCAAAUUCUUUCUCUUCAUCCAGUGGAGAACAAGUGA